CCCACUUUCAAAAUGGCGUCGGUGCGCUCGUAUCUGAAGCCUUUCAGGCCUUUGUUUAUCAUGAUUUUCCUGCUGCUUGUUGGUUUUCUGACGUACAUCACUGCCACUGACGAACCGGACGACAACAGUAAUGAUUUUGCUGAAUUUGAAACGGAAGGGGACGAAGAAGAUGAAGAAGAAACAGAGGUGCAUGGAACAGGCGAUCAAGAUGACGAUGAAGAAGAGGAAGGUUAGAAGAGUUUUUAAAACUUAUUUAGCGCGUAUUUUUUCCUGGAUAGGCCAAGGUGGGUAAGUGAAUAUUUUUCAAGAAAUUAUGUACUUGCGAUUUAACUGGAUUUAAGGUCUAUAGUCUUUAUUGACUUCAAUGGCAAUCACCUACAAUAAUCACCUACUUCUUUUGGAACGCUAGCUACCACGUGUGUUUGUCACGCUACAUCUUUCCUCAACAUCAAAAUGAAAUUUUGGUCUUCGUCUUUUCUUGUUUCUCUUUAUUUUUGGAUUAUUUCAAACGUUUAUGUCAUCUUCAUGUAACAACCACGAUCGAUUCUUUGCCAUAUACACUUUUGUCAGCUGAUAAAUUUUACUUGGUUUAGAUGGGAACCUGCCUUGGCACGAUGUAUAGAAAUAUAAACAAUAUGCUGUUAAUUAAAAGCUAGAGCAAAGGAAGAGCAUGUUGUAGAAACUUUAUGUUAUUGGGUUUGACUACUCAGCAUAGGUGUUCAUAUAUUUCAUACGGAAGGUUGCUCCUUUUUGUUAUAGAACUUAAUUCGUGGAACCCUUCACUUUUAUUCCCAACGUUGCGUUUUUUUGUUGUUUUGGUCAGCCUGGGUCAAAGAACUUCGAGCCUGGUCCUAGAGUACAUUAUGGGUUCUAUUUGUGAACUGGUUCAUUCCAGACCAGGUGACUGGGGUGGUGUACUGUGGUGGUAUAGCCAACAACUAAUGCACAAAAUAAUGUUUGGUUUACGGGAUGAAUUGAAAAUUAUAGAGAGUUUUCAUUAAAUUCUGCUCCCUUUGUCCUUUCCCUCCUUAAACUUUGUCUCUCUUUUUUUUUAUUCCUCAUCUCACCCUCUCUAGUGGUGAAAUUUGUGCUUGUUGCAGAAAAACAGUGAACAAAGAAAAUAUGAGGAUGUUGAGGGAAAAAAGAAAUACUUAAAAAGAUAUAAAUCACAAUGUUUUUGUUUCAAUCUAUUUAGCUGAUGUUGCAGAAGAAACAGAUGAGUCAGAGGCAAAUGUUGAAGAGGUAAACAGCUUAUACUUUAAAAUAGAUGAUAAUAUCUUCAUAGUUCCUUGCUAUAUCUACAUAUCAGUGUUAACAUUACUGUGAUUAUCAUUAUUUCACAUGAAUAAUUUUUUCAGUUGGAGAAUUUUGUCUUAGUUCAAGGGACUUUCCUCAAGUAGUGUACUUUAUAUUUUUUAAAGAAUGUCAUUUAUUGACUUGAACAAACUUUGAAUGAACAAAUAUUUACCUUACUUGGGUUUGCAACUGAUCAUUAAUAGUGAAUGAAUUAUUCAUUUUUAUAGCCAGAGGAGGAGCAAGAAGAGUUUGAUCACUUUACUGAUGAAGAAGAAUUUGAGGUAAAGAUUUUGUUUAAUUUUUGAAUUGUUUUUUUCGUAGUUUCAGCCUUGAUUGUUCUGAUACUUGUUAACUAUUGUUAAACCACUCUAACACUUUCACUCCCAAGAUCACGUUCAUUAGGUAAUUCUUUUUUCUAUCUGCCAUACAAUUCUUAAAAUUUUAUUCUGGAGAAUUUGUUAUUAAAUCAAUUGAUAAUUUUCCUCCUCAUUACUUGUCUGCUUGAUAUUGUAUUCAUAUUGUAAGGAGAAAUUCUUUCUUGAUCACUCAAAGGAGUUAAGAGUAAACUGGUUGUAUAAAUUACCUCUACACAAACAAGUUUACUGAUGGUAUACUUUUUUCCUACCAUCCAGGGAUAUAAUAAAGAAAAAAUACCAAAAGGAAAAUCAGGUCCACAACCUGAUUUAAAAAUAAAGAAGGUGUGUGCUUCAUGAGAUAAUAAAACAUGUUUAUUUAUUUCUUGCAAAGACUUUUACUUUUCUUACAUUUUUUGAUGUUUCUGUUUCAGAUUCCUGUUCAUUUAAGGGCAAACUGGGAGGGAUUUUAUGCUGAAAUUCUGACUCUAGCUGGGCUUGCAGCCUAUGCACUUAAUUUCUUUGCUGGACGAAGUAAAAACUCAAGGCUUGCAACUGCAUGGUAAUGUGUUUGUGUUUUUAUGAAACAACUGAAUGGCUCAUAGCAAAAAUAAAUUCUGAUGAUUUUUUUUAUUUUUCUGUUCAAAAUUGAUGCAUAUCCAUGAUUAACCCUUUCUCCAUAUAGAAAAUAACUAAGUGGGUGACACAUAACAGUUAAAAACUAAUAAAGUAAUAGCCUUAUAAUUUUCAAACAUCCAGCCGACAGGGAUUGAGAAUACUAAAUUUUUUCAGGUAUCAAUUGUUAUCUUGAUAUCACAGCAAAUUCUUGUUACUAAUUUACUAGCAAAUGUGCAGUAGGAGAUAGGAGAAUGAACAAUUUGAUCUCUAGAGUUCAGGGUUAAAUGAUUCUUCUCUAUUUUAUGUAUGGGACCCCAUUCAAUUUGAAUUAUAACUUUGUCUCCUUUGAUUAAAUUCCCAGGUUAAAAUCUAAUAAAGAACUUUUGGAGAGUAAUUUCAGUGUAGUGGGUAAGUUUUACCAUUAGAUUCCAUAUUGCUAUGUAUCUGAUCAGUAAUAAAUCACAGAUGACAUCAAAAUGUGGUGAGAACGAAAAAGUGGCUCACAAGGAGCUGCUGAGUGUCACUAUGUUCUGACUUUAUUUUGAUGUGAUCUGUGAUCUAUUGCUGAAAGACUCACAAUGACAUGAAAUCAAAUUGAUGUGUCUAAGAAGAAAGCAAGAAUUUUAAUGAUGCAAUCAUCUGAAUAUUAUUUGUUGCAUUGUUUUUAAAAUCAUUGUUUUAUACUGGUUUGUUUAAUUUGAAUAUUGUUUUAUUUGCCUAACCAGGUGACGAUGGUUCCAGUGAGGAACCUCAACAAGGAAUAUUGGUGAAGGAGAGUGAGAGUCUGUAUACAUUAUGGUGCACAGGGAGGGUAGGCUGUGAUGGAUUGCUUGUUGAAAUUAAGGUAAGGAAGAAAUCUUAGCCCAAAGUUACAUGUUUCAUUUAUGUAGAUGCUCACCCUAUAACUUUGUUCAUGCUUCAAUGAAAAUAUUUGUCACUGUCACAAUUUGACGAUCUUAGAUGAUACUGAAAUGGUCACCUCCAAUUUUAUUUUAUUGCCAGUUUAAUAAACAUAAAUUUGAAAGGACAUUUGUACAAUAAAAUUUUCUGUAAAUGCCUCUCUCACCAAAACCUUGAGCAUUGAGUCAUAAAAAUAUUACAUCUUGCUACAUAACCACUAAACAAAGGUUGCCAAAUUUUAUUCUUAGCUGAUCAAAACAGUUGCUGUUUAGAGCACUUACUGUAAAAAGGUUAUCAGUUACUCUGUGUACAUAGGACAGUUGGUCACUGGUCUUUAUCUUUCUAUUUUAGUUACAGAAGCGUCAUGAUCUUGUUAGUGUGAUGUCUUAUUUAGUCAAACCAGCCAGGGAUACUGUGGUACGUUUUAAGUUUGUUUUGUUAUGUAUUAUUUGUUUGUUUUCACCAUUGUCUGAUUUGCUCAUUUUCUAAUUGCUGUUGACAACAAAAAACUGAAAAGUCCUUAAUUUGUUGUCUAUGUUUUAUUUAGACAGUUACAGUGCACAUGACUGAUGAAGAAAUGGACAACUUUGUUCUUGCUGUUUUACCAAAGAAGACUGCUGCUAAGAUGCAAAAGGAGCUCCAAGAUUUGGUAAAAAAAAAGAAUUAUGUGGUUAAUUUGUUCUGAUUUAUUUGUGGUCAUGAAAAGUGUCUGCUGAUGUAUUUGGUAACACUGUCUCCUUUACAUAGACCUUCUUCUGUCCUGAUAAACGUGCUGGACCUAAAUAUGAUCUACCUGGCGCAUUUGUUGUGUUAACUGAGUCUGCUGAAGCAGCCAGUGCCAUUUUAUCAUCACAGGUAUGAUAAAAAAAACUUGGCUAAUUUUUUUUUACUCUUAGCUCAAAAUAUCAGAUUGCUAUGAUUUUGAGAUGUUUCUUUUACAUGAGGUAGAGGUAGCAGUCUUAAAUGUGUGACAACUCCUGCAUCCAGCUAUUUUCAGCAAUGAAAAAAGCUUGCCCAUCCUGUCAAUAUGCAGGCAGCAGCAUGCAUGUCAUAUAUUAAAUUAUUAUUCAGCUUAUCUCACCAGUGAGUUCUCCCCAGCUCCGUAGUCCAGGAUUAGACAAUGCAAUUUGAAGUUUAGGGGUUUGAUUGCAGAUGGGGACUCAGAUAGUAUCUUUGUGCUUGAGCACUGUAUCUUUGUCUUGUACUCCUGACAAAUGUACAGCCAUUUUUUUUUUCCUUCAAUGUGUGGCAUUUCUCGUUACAGAUCACAAGAGCUAUUUCCAGUGGUGAAGAAAUGCUUGACUCAUUGAUAUUUUCUGAUCAAUAUGUGGGUCCAAAGCAACCUGAUGAUGAGUAUGUCAAAUGUUUUAUCAAUAUUUUUAAUUGAAAGAAAUGUUGAAUCUUUUUGGGGUAGUUGUCUCAGAUUUAGUUUAUUCUCUAGGUAACCUUUUGUCUUGCUCAUUAGUCUUUUUUAUUUAUUUUAGUGACCAGGCAGCUAGUGGGAAACCUGUCAAACCUAAGAAGGUCCUGCUUUUUAACUUUAAAGGUGAGAUUGAUUUCUGUCUUGCUGCUGGAAAAUUUAUAUUUCUGCAAUAACAACUGAUGCGAAACAACUCUGUUGAGUUCACAGACAACUCAGUUGAGUUUGCCAACAACUUGGCUGAGUUUGCUGACAACUCAGAUGAAUCUGCCAAUUAUUUGGUUGAAUUUACUGGCAACUUGAGAAGAGUUCACUGAUAUCUUGAAUCAGUUUGGCAACAUCUCCAAUGAGUUCACUGGCAAUGAUAUCUUGUAAAUGAUAUUUAUAUAUCUCAGACUUUUGAGAUCUCAAAAUCCUUUCGGCCAUCCUUAAUAACUAUGGUGUCAGCUUGUUUGAUUCUGUUUUCUUGUAUCUGAGUGCUGUAUAUGAUAUAUUUUUCAGUGCCUUCUAAAGGGAGCAGUACCAAGUCAUCUGACAUGGUCAAAUUAGAACCAAUGAUGAAACUAGUUCUUCACUGUAUUGAUAGGGUUAGACGGUUUAAGCUCGGAAAAGAGGUUUGUUUGUUUCUCGUGCUUAGUUCUAGCUUCUUUUCUCGAGUUUAGAAAUCUUUUAGUUUGUUUCUUUUAAUUUUUCUCUAUAUCAUUCAUCAUAGACUCGCCUGUGGGGUAGCUUUUUCUGUCGUGUUACCACACUGCGUAACAUUCUUUAUUAGUGAAUCGUUAGACUAAUCGUGUUUUGUUUACUUCAGGCUAAAGCUAAAGCUGACAAAAAUCGGCGAGAACUCGAGGAAAAUCUGCUGAAACAAUCUCAUGCUCAAAGGCAAGAAGUAAGUGAAAAUUAAUGGUAAUGUUUUCUUAUAUUUGGCAGUUUUCGUGACGUUGCUUUGAUCUAGCGUCGCGGAGUUUAAAUGCUCUCUAACCUCUGUUGGAUUCUUUUGAAUUACUUCCACGCAAUAACAUGCAAACCAGAGAGAAAGGAAAUCUUGGAAUAAAAUUAAAGGUUUGGUAGCGGCAGUUGUGGUCUUUUUGUGACAAGAUUGUUGGCAAGUUUGCUCGGUCACGAAUAAAGGUUCCAUAAUUGAGUAGUUUCAAGGUUAACUGCAUCUCUUUUACAAUUGAAGGCCGCACAGCAACGUCGCGAAGACAAAGUAAGAGCUGAGAAAGAACGAAUCAUGCAAGAGGAUGACCCUGACAGACAGCGAAGGCUGGAGGUUGGUUUGCAUUCAAUAUCUGCGCCAUGAAAAGUAGUCUACGCAAUAAAUGACUUAAUGAUUUUGUGAUAUAACUUCGAGUAAACAUUUCCUUUUCUGGUUUGUCUUUAGGAGAGAGAACACAAGAAAGAAAUGAAGAAAAGAAAUCCAUUCAAAGUAAAACAAGUCAAAGCACGUGGCUGAAGGAAAAGUUUGAGAACUUUUGUUUGACGCUGGAUGAUCCAAGUUUUUAUUUACUUCGUUCAGAAUUUUUCUUAAACGCUGCAAUUUGAUUUACAACCCUCAAAGGAAAACGGAGUUUUCUAAAAUCAUGAAACGCAGAGUUAAAAAUCUGACUCCAGCGUCUAAUGAAUAAUAGAAGCAUAAUGACGACAAGUUUAACGACGAAUGUGUUAUUUAUUUCGUGUUUUUAUACAUAGAUUUAAAAAUUACUCCUCCUUUGAGGAUAUUUUUUCGUUUUGUUUCAGUCUUCCAUGAUUAUUACUUGUAAUUGAUUUUUAUCUGAGAAUCAAGACUCAUUGUAUAAUGUAAUGUUACAAACAGCUGGCUGUCACUCCCUGUCCACGUGACUUCGGGAUUAUCUCUGUUUCGACUAUUUCAUGGCCUCUAGCUGCUCUUGUAUUUUUGGUGGUUAAUAAUAUCAUAACAAGAAGAUAAAACUGGCCCGUCUUUUGUGUCCUUUUUUUUGUGGUCAGAAAGACGUAAAUGAAGGUUUUAAAAAAUUGCGUGUUCGUAAAAUUGCGUUCUCGUUAAACCUCAAGGCGAAUCGAAAAGUGUUCAUUUGCUUGAAGCAAGAGAUAGAUGUUAGUCAUUAAAAGUUAGCUCUGCUAUAGCCUAUCUUCCAUCCAUUGUGCCUCCCAUUUUCCAUAACAUCAAAGCGAUAAUGCGAUAGCCUGAGAGUCAGUCGCUCGUUUAACUCUCUUCUCGCUCUGAAAGCGUUCCAUUGAUCACCGACAGUCAGCAAACCUUGACUUUUCUGAAAAUCGGGAAAUCAUGGAAAAAAAGUUUUGAGUUUGCGUCAGAAUUUCCGCUAACUAAGAUAAUAUUUUAAGUUUAUAAAAAUAGUUGCGGUGAAAAAUUAAAGAGGAAGUGAUGUUAUGAAUCCGGAAAACCUUGUUAGAUAAGGACAGACGUAAAUACUGACAGUUAUCGACUGAAUCUCAUGCACCA